AUGCAUCGGCGAGCUGCUUUCAACUUUGAUGCCAGUUACUCCGAUUAUGGCAGCUUUUUCUCUGAUUAUAGCACUGCCGACUUCGAUUCUGCUAGCACCGCCAAUGCCCAGCCAACAUUGGCAUCAGCGACAGCGAUACCGGCACCAGCGACAACGACACCGGCGACACUGACUGGUUCACCGACAUCGUCACCAACAUCAGUUACUUCCACGGCAAGUGCACAUACUACUGCUAUGACUGGCUCAGCCUCUUCUGGUCUCUCGACUGGAGCGAAGGCCGGGAUCGGAGUGGCAAUUCCAGUAGCUGCCAUAAUCCUCGGGCUUUUUGUUUUCUGGUACCUGCGUAAGCAAAGGACCAAAGAAAGAAAUUCUGCGUCUUGGGUCGACAACAGUAGUAAUACCCCGGAACUCAGUGAAAAUAAAAAUACAGUGAGGUCAUUGCCAGCUUCGCAAACCCACAUUGCUGAAGCAGAUAGCAACACUAUUCACGAGUCUGGCGGCAAAUCUGUCGUUCCAUCAAAGUCCCCGACUGCCGGGAUGCAAAGUCCUACUGUUUACGAAUUAAGUGGUAAUUCCGUCAUCGAAUAUCCUCCUCCCGUGACAGGUUCCUCAUUCAUACAAAGCGACUCUAUGGACAAACGAGUCCACCCACUCGUCGGUGGAAGAAUAUCUCAAAAAGCAGACAUAUCAAGCAGUUCUACGUCAGCCACUGAAACUAAAGAGAGCGGAUCCAGUUUGCAUAUUUCUUUGGGUGAUUUUAUCGACACCAGUAUAUCUCCUCAAAGGCUCCAAGAGGGCUCUAUGGAAAUUACGCAGCGGUUGCCGACAUCUUUGGAAAGCGCUGAUAUGCCGCUAUCACAGCUUGAGGCCGAAGUCGCGCUUAUUGCGGAGGAAAAAGAGCGUUUGCAGCAAUUGCAGUCCCUAGCAGAAAGAGAGGCAGAGCUUAGAAGACAGAUUUUGGCACGCAAGUCUGCAAUGUAA